GUCGGUGUGGACUGUGGUUGAGAUUUUUGGAGGCUGAGGUAGUGGGACGUGUUUUAUUUUUUCCGGAGGAGGAAAAACAGAAGUCCACGUUUGGAGGAAAAAAAAAAAAAAGACAAAAAAAGAAAGAAAGAAGAAGAGUCUUUUAAACGUCGGGGAAUCACAACAGGUUGACGUGUCGCCAUGACAACAGAAGCAGGCUCUGAGACGGAGGUGAAGGAGAAAGCCGAGGAGUCAGCUGCUCAGCCGGACCAAUCGGAGAAGGCCGCGGAGGAAACCAAGGAAGUAGCGAACGCCGAGGGAGAGGAGAAGGAGAAGGAGAAGGAGAAAGAGGGGAAGGAGGGCAAAGGGAUAUCUCGGUACCUGCCGACAUGGCUUAAGAAGCAGAAGUCUCAGACCUCCCCGACGAAGGAGGCCCCGCCCACAGAGGAGCCCGUCGCCAAGGUGACGCAGGGAGAGGAGGGGCCUGUCCCGGAAGUGAACGGCCACGCGGAGGAAGUGGACGAGAAGGAGGACGUGAAGUCGGAGCAAGUGAAGGAGAAGGAGGCGGAGUCUCAUUCCAACGCCAGCGCAGACACUGAGGCGUCUGAGAAGCCUCUAGUCCCCGUCGGUUACAGCUCAGACUGCCUGGAGACCGGAGACAGGCUAGAGAAGAGUGAAAUAAUGUCAGGUUUGCUGAAGCUGAAGCUGAUUUUAUCUCUUUGCGUGGGCUGCGAGGAAACACAAACGCAGACCUGUUAA